AUGGUAGUCUAUCAGGUUAUUUCAAGAGAAAUUGUAAGGAGCUCACUGAAAAGAAAGGCAGAAAAUGAUCUCCAUACCCGUCCAAACAAAUUAAUACGACAAGAACUAAAAAAUACCGAUAUUGCUGAGAACAUGGAACAUGGUGACUUGAAAUCAAUCCGUCGUUCAAUAUAUUAUGUACGAAAAAAGCAUUUUCCCACGCUACCAUCAAACUUUGACGAGUCGUUAAAACAACUUUUAGAGAUGAAACAAACGUUGUUGCAUAAAGCUUGUAAGAAUAAUUUGGAAGUGCUUUGUAAUAAUGAACACGUAUUUGGUGAGGGAACUUUUACGUAUGCACCAAAACAUUUCAUGCAAUUGUAUACAAUUCAUAAACAAGUAUCAACAUAUGUGUCCAUGUGGAAAACCAUAUUGAACUUGUCAAUGCAAUUAAUAGGAAAAAACUUAAAUGUAAAAAUAUUUCAUGCAGAUUUCGAAAAAGCUGCACAUAUUGCAGUUCUUCAGAGUUUUCCACAGUGUAAAAUAAUAUGUUGUACAUUCCAUUUAGGACAAAGUUGGUUCAGGCGUUUGAAAAAAAAUAAAAUAUUACUAAAAGAAUACUCAAAAAAUGAUUCGGAAAUCGGAAGGUGGCUUAAAUAUUUUUUUGGUUUACCUUAUCUAAACUCUGAUGAAGUUCCGGACGCAUUUACGGAGCUAAUCUCAAUAACUCCGGGUAGUAAUAUAAGUAUGGAUUUUCCGGACUAUAUUUUAAAAAAUUAUAUUGAUUUUGAUGCUGAUUUUGGGCCAGAAUUAUGGGCAAGUGCACCAGACGAUAGCCCUAGAACAACAAACGGAGCUGAAAACUUUCAUAUGCACUUUAAUAGCCAGUUUUAUACCCCCCACCCUCACAUUCACCAAAUCAUACAAAUACUCAUGGAAAUUCAAGUCGACACCGAUUUAAAAAUAAACUCAUUAAAAAAAAAAUAA